AUGUUAUUUAGAAGAGAGAAGUCCCCAAUAGCAUUGGAUUAUUUCAAAAUGAUAAGGACCUUUAUGGUCGCCCCGGGCGCAUGGCCGGCGGAAAUAUUCGGAGAGAAGCUUUCGGUGCUCGUGAUAUAUCACAGGGCGACUCUGCCGUACCACACGAGCCUCAUUGUCGUCGGGGAGCUUUACUACAUAUGGACCCACAUGGAUGAGUUAGGUUUUCUCGAUUUGGGACAUAUGGUUAUAACAACGCUUUUAGGAAUACUAACAGCGGUCCGAAGUAUACUACCACAAUUGCAGAACUAUCAUAAGUUGCUGCUAAGAUUUAUAAAUGAGAUGCAUUUGUUACAUUUUAAAAAUAAAGGAGCAUAUUACAGAAAGAUGAACGACACUAUUGACAGAUUUUCUUCUUAUUACACUAAAUUUUCAGUUGUAUUAAUAUUUAUGGCAAUAAUUAUGUUUAACUUUGCACCAUUGGUUAAUAACAUUACAAACGUUUUUAUUUUUGAAACUGAGAACUACACUUUGGAAUUUUCCUUAAAUUACCAGUAUCCUGGAUUUAACCCGACCGAUUACUUCACAACUACUUCAAUAUACAAUGUCUAUCUGUCGUACAAUUGCGCUAUGAUGGUGUCUGGACUAGAUCUAAUAUUGUUUAUAAUAAUUUUCCAAAUAAUCGGGCAUGUGUACAUCCUGAGAUACAACCUUGAGAACUUUCCGUGGCCAAAAAAUAAAGUGGUUUUCAAACUAGGGGAUAUUUCAAAAUACAAAAUAAACGAGAGCAUCACAUCCGAAAUGUUUGACGCAGAAGAAAACAAAGAAGUGCGUUUAAAAUUGGCAGAAUGCAUUGAACAUCAUAAACUAAUAAUUGGAUUUACAGAUGAUCUUUCGGCAUUGUUCGGGCCCAUUUUAGCCUUUAAUUAUUUAUUUCAUCUGAUUUGCUGUAGCUUGUUACUACUGGAAUGUUCGAAAGGUGGCUACAGUGAGAUGAUUCGUUAUGGAUCCCUGACUAUACUUAUAUACUUCCAACUGAUUCAAAUGUCAGUUAUUUUUGAGAUGUUGGGUUCAGAGACUGAAAAGUUGCCAGAUUCAGCUUACUUCCUGCCGUGGGAGUGCAUGGACACCAGCAACCGGCGGACGGCGUGCAUCAUGCUGCACAAGAUGCAGUACAAGAUCAGCCUCAAGGCGCUGGGGCUGGCGGCCGUCGGCGUCAGCACCAUGACCGGGAUUCUGAAGACAACAUUUUCAUAUUAUGCAUUUUUGCUAACAAUGGGAGAUUAGAAAAAAGGAGCAAAA